AUGUCAAAAAUCAACAGCGACGACACCGAUUCUUCAGACUCAAUUAUAAAAGGGAAAAGCAGCCACCAAUUCACAAUUGAUUUUUCAAAAAUAACUGGACCAGUGUUUAGUCCUCCUUUUGCAACGUCGUAUGAUAUGUUUUGGCAAUUGAAAUUUACACCGUGUUCACCAGGCCAUACAGAUUAUUGCGCAUUAUUUCUAUUUGCAAUCCCAAACAGUGAUGAGAAACGCACUCCCUCUAAAUGGCCAAGACGUAGUAAUCUAAACGCCACAUUGUUCUUGCGAGAUGCUGAAGACGAGUCAGAGUAUGAGAGUUAUGAGGUUCGUACUGAUAGAUUCGCAUCUCGUUGGAGAGGGCAAGGAUCAAAAAGAAUGUGUAAAAGAGAAUUAGUAAUAGGCGAGGAAAUAAUUUUUGGCGUGACAUUUACUGAAUCAGAACUCGUACAAUCUCGGCAUGAUAAUGAACUUCCAGCUGACUCUUUUCCACAAGAUUUAAUAGAAGCUUGGAAUGGACAAUUAGGUGUCGCAGAAACAGCAGACGUUGAAUUUAAUGUUAACGGGCAUAAACUUUAUGCAAAUAGUGUGCUUCUCGCGAAACGAUCAGAUUAUUUCUACAAUUUAUUUCAAGGCCAUUGGGCAGAAGAAUCUCAUGAGGAUCAUCCAAAAACACUUUGUUCAACAUCCAAAGGAAAACAAAAAGCAGAUGCAGAAUCUAUAAUGUUUCAAGACGAAGACUCUGGCACAAUUCUACAACGAUCACCCAAAAAAUGCAAAUACACCAUACAAGUGCCUGACUUUCACCACGAAACAAUGCUCGCGCUAUUACGAUUUCUCUACACAAAUCAAGUGACAUUUGACGACUAUAGUGACGACUCGCAAACCACCUCGUUCGACAUAUUUUCUGUGGCAGAUAAAUAUUGCGUCACGGAAUUACGAGAUCGUGCGAAAAUGGAAUUGUGUGGAAAUUUAUCGGUGCAUAAUGUCGCUGAAUUUCUGUUUGGCGGGGUGGCUAGGUGGCCGGAUUUGAAAGAAUGUUUGAUGGAGUAUUUGAAGGAAAAUUGGAAAAAGGUAAAAGAGACUGAGGAAUGGAAGAAUUUGGUGAAUAAUCCAAUGAGACAAUGA